CAUUUUGAGCGACUCCGUCCAGAGACCAUGAGUCAACUGAACCAGGCGAUGGCCGCGCUCGCCGUCGAGAUCCCGCCGGCGACCGAUGCCCAUGGCGCGGCCUUGUCGCCCAAGCUCCUGUACAAGGACCAGCUCGAGAUCCUCCAUCGCAUGCUCAGCCUCGAGACGCCGACGCUGACCGUCAAGAUGCUGCAGUACCUCACGCACGACGAGGUCUGCGCUGCGUUCAUCUCGUUCAUCACGCGCGUCGUGCCCGAGGUCGACGAGGACCAGACGACGUUCCUUCGCGAUGGCCCGCGCAAGCUGCGCGCCCACCACCGCGACCACAUUGAAGCGCGCGACGUGGACGACGUGUCGGACGAGCUCUUGAAGAGCUACCACGUGACGAUGAUGCUCACGGACGACGAAAACUCGGAGCCGAUCAUGAACUUUCUCCAGAACAAGACGCCGCUUAUCGUGCGCUGCCUCUUUGGCCUCUUCCAGACCAACUCGCGCGGCAACUUUCGCCACGGCUGCCGGCUGCUCGACCGCCUCUUGCGGUACCACCUCGACGACGUGUACAAGACGAUUGCAAGCGGUGGCGUCGAGCGGUAUAUCAACGCGAUGCUGCUGCACCUUGAGGAAGCCCCGGUCGCCGAUGUCUUUCUCGCGAUGAUCUGCAAGCCGCACAACGCGGCCUUCCUCCGCAUGUACAAGAGCUCGCCGGAUGCGAAAUGGCGCUUCUUCCGCGGCCUCUCGGACAUGAACAUCCUCGUGACGCUCGGCGAGCACAUUUGCAAGCCCGAGUACAGUGAAGCACACGCGAUGGCAGCCGCCGACGUCUUCCUCGAGCUCAUUGAUCGGCUCGCGGCCGACGACAACGGCGAGCUUCUCUUGCAGCCGCUCGGGCACUCGACGCAGCUUCUCAACGACCUCAUCAAGACGUUUCUGCACGUGCCCAACAGUGCGGAUCCGCUCGCGUACCUCUCGGCGCCCAGCGGUCGGCGACAGGCGGCACUGCGCUGUCUCCUCGGACUCUUGCACAAGAGCUCGCUCGAGCAAGUGCCGGGGCCGCCAACGUCACCGUACCACUCGUUUGGCGCGACGGUCGUCAACCUCGUGCCGAACCAGCUGCUGUCGCUGCGCCCCCGCAUUUUCGCGCAUGUUGGCAGCGUCGGCAUCACCAAGUACCUGGCCUACAUGGUCGAGACGCACCGUGCGCAGCUUAAGAUGACGUCUCCAAGCACGCUCUGCGUGCAGCACACGGGGUACAGCGUCGCCUACCCUUUCACGGGAUUCCGCCUCGACCUUGUCCUGAUGGUCGACGAGCUUGUUAAGAAUGACCCGAGUUUGCUCGAACAGUUUACGACCGAAGCGUGGCAAGCGCUCAUCUACUGGUUCACGCACUUCCCGCACAACAACUUGUACGCGGGCACGUUCGCGCGCCUCUUGCUCGCGGCGCUGCGCACGAACGACGAGGCCAUUCUCAAGCCUCUGCUCCAGAAACUCAAAUUGGUCACGACGCUGCUCAAGGCGUACGAGUCGGGCGACGCGGCUGGCCGCGGCUACGUGCUCCACUGCUGCAACCUCCUCCGCCUCCACGCCUCGGGCGUCGCGCCGGACGCGUACCUGCGCUCGUUCCUCAUGUCGCAUGCGAUGUGGCACGAGUUUGAGCCGCAGCUGCGGGCGAUCACGUCGGCGAUGGUGGUCAAGGGCCUCGGCAUCACCGUGCCGACGACCAUGUCGCGCUAUGGCGGGUACGGCGGCUACAGCAGCCUCCCGGACCCGCCCGAGUCGGUGCCCGGCAUCGACCUUGGCUCGGACUACGCCAAGAGCCUCGGCUUCAUUGACGACGUCGCGUGGCCCGUCGAGCUCGUCGACGGCGAGAAGAAGAAGAAGAAGAAGAACAAGAAGGCCAAGAAGAAGACGAGCAUGGGCCACGAAGGCGACGAGGAAGAUGAGGUCAUGACGGACGAGGACGCGGUCCCGACACAUCUCCAUUCGCCCAAGAGCCGCAGCCGCAAGCAAAGCAGCGAGCCGAAUGUCACGGACGACAAUGACGAAGACGUGGACGGCGUCAGCGAGAACGGCAAGAAGGCCAAGAAGAAGCGGAAGAAGGGCAAGAAGAAGGACGACGACGCGUAAGACGGACCAGGUUCCAGUGUACAGACGACGCACGAGACGACAGCUAAAGUAGUGGAGUAUUAGUACAGGUAGACGACGACGACGACACGUAGUAGUAGGGUGC